AUGGCUUCUUCUGUUGAGAAGCUUCCCAAGAUGGAGUAUAGAUUUCUGGGCCGGAGUGGGCUCCAGGUAUCGGUCAUCUCGCUUGGAGGAUGGGUGACAUACGGCGGAUCUGUCGGCGAUGAGAUAGCAUUCGAGUGCAUGAAAGCAGCGUACGACGCCGGGAUCAACUUCUUCGACUGCGCGGAAGCAUACGCCGAAGGGAAAUCGGAGAUAUCGAUGGGCAACGCGAUCCAGAAGUACGGGUGGAAGCGGAACGACCUGGUCAUCUCGACCAAGAUCUACUGGGGCAAUGCGUUCGGCGACAACCCGGUGAACAACAGUGGGCUGUCUCGGAAGCACAUCAUCGAGGGCACGGAGGCAGCUCUCAAGCGGCUGCAGCUGGACUACGUCGACUUGAUCUACGCGCACCGCCCGGACAGAAACACGCCGAUUGAGGAGACCGUUCGCGCGUUCAAUUAUCUCAUCAACUCCGGGAAGGCGCUGUACUGGGGCACGAGCGAGUGGAAUUCUGAAGAGAUCGCGAUGGCGUGGGCGUGCGCUGAGAGGUUGAAUCUGAUCGGACCGCUGAUGGAGCAGCCGGAGUAUAACAUGCUCGCGCGCGAUAAAGUCGAGAAGCAGUUUGCGCUUCUAUAUGAGAACUACGGGCUGGGACUCACGACCUUCAGCCCGCUCAAGACGGGCAUCUUGACGGGGAAAUACGAUGAGGGUAUCCCAUCGGACAGCCGUGUUGCCACGGCGACCGAUAACUUUACCACCAGUCAGAGAGAGGGCUACGGGAAUGAGCAGUGGCAGCAGACUCUCGCCCAGGUCAAGAAGCUGAAGCCGAUCGCCGAGAGAUUGGGCACUGAUCGUGCCACCUUGGCACUGGCUUGGGUGAUUAAGAAUCCCAGAGUGAGUUCUGCAAUCACGGGUGCUUCAAAGGUCGAGCAGAUUGCGAAAUCGGUCAAGGCACUAGACCUCCUGCCGCUGUUGGAUGAAAAGGUCAUGACGGAGAUUGAUGAGUUGCUCGGGAAUAAGCCGACGGUGCCGUAUCGUAGGCUGUAA